AUGUUGUGUGGGGGAGCACGUGGACGAAGAGAAAAGGCCCGUGAAGAGUGGUUUCGGGCUGCAUGCACCGGAGAUAUUCGCGUUGUUACAAAACUUCUCUCCAAGCACAAUACCGCCCCAUCAGAUGCACGUCCCACUCUGGCACACGGAUCUAUUUUCAGCGGUUUUGCAGCCAUUCAUUACGCGGCCUACAACGGACAUGACGCAAUUGUCAAGCUUCUGCUUCGGACAGAAGCGACGGCUUGCACUGAAAAGCCUCUGCGGAUUUCUGCCCUGGGCAUCAUUAAUAGUAGGCUUCAUAUCCACCUUUCCCCAGGCGCAACACCUCUCAUGGUCGCUGUGAUAAGAGGGCAUAUCGAUGUCGCUCUUACACUUUUAGAACACGCAUACAAGCACGAGGCCUCACAUGCACAAAUGGCCGGUGCUCCUCUUAGCGCGCGCUCCAAAGUCAAAGCAGGAUCUAACCGUGCACUGCCGCCAAAGAACGAGGUGAGAAAGCACACUCUCAGGGCUCAGACGGCCACAGGCAUUUCUGCACUGAUGCUUCUGGUUACUCUGAACACUAGCGACGCCAUAACACUCCUUAAGGCAAAGGACUAUCUGCUUUUGCGAGAGGAAGUGGAGCUCACUAGCAGCAAUGGCGGAAAUGCCGCUCUGAUGAUAGCUCUCCUCGGCCGUGACAAGAUUCUCGAAGAGAUAAUAUCCCUGAUCCUAGGCCCAGAAGAAUACUACACUGACGCAAACUCCUGUGCGCCCAACACAACCAUGCAACUCUUUAUCGGGGGUCUCCAAAUUGUCGGCCCACUGCCCCCUUUCCAACAGGAUCGAAACCUCUUUUACUUCGCUAUAAGCUUCAUGAAGUCGCUCAUGCAGCGGGAUGAGCGCGGCUUCACCGUCCUAGACUCUGCCAGGUAUCAGCUGAAUGAAAAGAAGUGGGGCACCUCUCGAGCAGCUAAGGAGCGCACUUACCUACUCUAUCGUAACUUGCUAUGGCGCAUCCACAUCUUCGUAAAUGACUGUCCGCCUGUGAACAUUCAGAACCCCUGUGAGCACUGGAAUAACUAUGAGGCCUGCUGCAAUCGGCUCGGGGCUAUCAGUGACGGUGAGUUUAAGAUCCUCGCUAAGGACCUGGCUAAGAAUCCAGAAAUAAAUCACAGUAUAGAAGAUAUGUUGACGAUCCCCAGGUUCCAGAAGCUUAUGAGACCUUUCUCAUCUGCCAUUGCAUCGUCGCGGCCAAAGGUCAAGGCCGUAGUCGAACCAGAAGUUGUGGCUGAGCACGAACCCAACCACGAGCCCGAGCAUGACCCUUAUCCAGAGUCUAUCAAGAUAUGUCCUGGAGCAAGCAUUUUCGACUCAAGCAUAGAGCCCUCAUCGACGCUCAACAGCACUCUAGUCUUGACCAAAACUGUUGUGGGUGACUGCCUGGACGACCAAACAGGAUCACCCCUACAGACAUCUAUUCCCGUGAGAGUGCAGGAUGGAAUCGAACUUGCACAGGUCACUCCGACAACUAAAAGCCACAGAUCUGACAAAUUUUCCGCUAGGUCUUCAAAUUCACUGCAGCUAAGCCUGAAUUUGAACUUUGAUGCCAGUCCAACAUCUUCUUCACAAAUUCUAAAUAACUAA